AUUUGAUAAAACUUGUCAUGUGAUUCAAAAACAACUGUAUAAAUUGGUACGUUACGAACACAGAAGAAACAUAACUGCGCAGGAUUUUUAUACAUACAAUAUGGAACGCGGAAUUCCCUUGUACCAUGAAGUGCACUAACUGUGGGAAGGACGGGAGUGAGCCUCAAUGUGCGGAAUGCCAUGCGAAAAAAGAGCCUGAUGUGUAUUGCAAAGAUAUCGAGGGUGAAAAAGAUACAAUAUGGAACGCGGAAUUCCCUUGUACCAUGAAGUGCACUAACUGUGGGAAGGACGGGAGUGAGCCUCUAUGUGCGGAAUGCCAUGCGAAGAAAGAGCCUGAUGUGUAUUGCGAAGAUAUUGAGGGAGAAAAAGAUACAAUAUGGAACGCGGAAUUCCCUUGUACCAUGAAGUGCACUAACUGUGGGAAGGACGGGAGUGAGCCUCUAUGUGCGGAAUGCCAUGCGAAAAAAGAGCCUGAUGUGUAUUGCGAAGAUAUCGAGGGAGAAAAAGAUACAAUAUGGAACGCGGAAUUCCCUUGUACCAUGAAGUGCACUAACUGUGGGAAGGACGGGAGUGAGCCUCUAUGUGCGGAAUGCCAUGCGAAAAAAGAGCCUGAUGUGUAUUGCAAAGAUAUCGAGGGAGAAAAAGUAUCAACGCAAGAUGGUUUUAGCGUCGAAAAUCGGGCGUCUGUCCUUCGGAAAGAGUCCAAUGACAAUAAAGAAAGAGAACCUCGCACAGAUACUAAGGAUAACGUAAAAGAAGACAGCAUAAAACUUAAUAAUGACGAUCAAGACGAUUUACACGGACGUGAGUCUGAGGACUAUUUUUCUUGUGAAAGUGAUUUUUAUGAGGACGCAUUAUCGGAUGCUCUUUCCAUAUCUUCCGAUACUCCGGAUACUUACCAAUGUGAAGCAAUUCACUCAGGAAAGUCCAUAGAAGAUAUGAAAACUGGAACGUCAAAAGAGGAGAAGUUUACUGAACCAGAUGCACAUGAAAUUCCUCAUUUAAAUAAAGAAGAUGAUUUGCUUGAACAUCCCACUGUUACUCAGACAGAUUUCCAGAUUAGCGAGCGCGAAACUGAUCAAUCAGACAAGUCAGUUGAACGUAUAUCCGUAUACAACCGAACUUCAGGAAAAAAAUUUCAAACAAAUGUCGAUACAUUUCAAACUGAAGCCAUUGGGGACCUACAUAAUGAACAACGUCGAUUUAAAACAACGGAAAACAGUACAGAGAAAAAGGCAUUUCUGACAGUUAAUUUCCAUGCAUAUGUUUCGUCUCAAAUGUUUGAAAACGCCGAGGAAAGAUUAUACAUAAAAUUUGAUUUUGAGGAAUUAGGUGGAUGGGGAAGCUUUAACCAUGAAAUGAAGAAAGUGGGUAGCACAAAGAAAAUUGAUGCACAAUUCAUCGAGUAUGAAUAUUCACUUCCUGUUCAGUGUACGUUAUUAAAAAAAAACAUACGUUACAAAUACGUCGUGUUUAACUGGACGUCUAGGAAGGAAUCUUACGAGAAAUACAAGUCUGACACAAAAUACUGUAACAGGACUUUGAAUGUUCAUCGUGAAUUUGCAUUUACAAAAGGUGUCUGGCGACAGUAUGAUGGAAAAAUUGUUCCUGAAGUAGGUAGGUUACACAAAUAUUAUUUAAUGGUGUUUAGUUCUGAAAACACUUUUGUGAAAGGAUAUGUAAAGGAUCUGACUCCAAGUCUAUUUACUACAACGCUUAUCACCGUGAAUAAAUCAUCAAUAAGGAAUGACAUUGAAAACUUUAUUAUGCUACUUGAUGGAGUAUGUCGAGUUUUUGUUGCCGACAUGAAAUGCUGGAAGUCCGAUCAAGAUUUUCACAAAGAGGUGACAGAAAAACUCCUGUUAACUAAUCUCAUUAAAGAAAUGUCAAAGCCCCUUUCCAAGCAAAGUAGCACAGACCGAGUGCUACAAGCUCUCAGCGUAGUGGUUGUCUGCGAGCGUGUAGGAAUUCCUUUAAACAGCUCCAAUUGGGAAAAUUUGUGUAAAUGUCUGAUUUUAUCUUUGGAUUCCAAAAAUACACAUGUAGUGGAAAUAGAAUCAGUGCAGUCUCAUUUUGAAGAAAGACAAAUCCAGUCCGCCCUUAUAUAUCUCAUGAACAGCUUUUUAAAAUAUGACACGAAAGAAGUUAAACCAUUUUGGCUGUGCUGCGUCCCGCUUUUCCACAUAACGUAUGGUAUUUGUACACCGUUCAAAGAACCAGACCACGAACUAAGUAUUGGUUCUGAUCUCUGGUGGGGGACAAAUGAAAUUUCAGAUGUUGCAAAGUAUACGUUCCAGGAAAGCGGACGAAGCAUCCAUCUUGAUGUCAUAAACUUAUUGAAACCCCUGUACAAAAUGGAUUACUUUCUCCCCCGAACGAUCGCACAAACAAUUCCAUUCAAUAAUAGUUGUGUGUUAUCAUGUGAUCUUUCGUUGGAUUCUGUGUGCGCCAGAUUACUUCAAGAAGCCAGGAGCGGAAAGUCACAAACGAUUAUGGAAGAAGCUUAUCAAAACGUUAUCAUUCGCUUACAAAGUAACUUUGACGAGGAUCACAGGUCGGAAGGAAGUUGUUGGGUUGCAUACCAAUUAGCGUAUUCUUUGGUUGCGGGCCAAUCUGAUAAACAUGAUCCGGACUUGUUGUUGAAUUUCUUGCACAUAUUUCUUCACUGUGUCGCAAGAUAUGACAUACUGUUGAAAAAUGAAAACUUGGAAUCAAAGAUCAACUCUGAAAAUACCAAGCAAAAUGAACACUUUGAAUAUUUGAUCAAUAUUGCAGACUUGUGUUUGGGCCAACUGUCUAAAAUGCACUAUCGCAAUUUGGUUGAAUAUCUGAAGAUUUGGAAUCUUGCUUUCCCUGAAAUGCUCCAAUCUGAGACAGUUCUAAGCAUAUGGAUUAAUAAGGCUUCAACAAUUUUCAAAGAUUCUUUACUUGACCGCAUAAAGAACACCGAAACAGUCGUUUUUCUAGAGCAUUAUUGCUCAGAAGAAGGAAAGUACAGCCUGCCAAUACAAACUUGUCUAAGCGAAGUUGCUUUCGAGGUUAUUGAAAGUGGAAAGAUGACACUAAAUCACUCCAGUAUCUCAAAAUCGGUAAUUCCAAAGUAUGCUGCACUUUUGUCAAGACUCUUUCUGAAGCACUGGGGCUCCUCAAGUACAACCGAUGAGGAGAGCGUCCUGGAACACGCCUUGAAAUGGGUUCCGAUGAAACAGUUUAUUGAGAACCAUAGACAAAUGGAUGAUCUACUUAACAAACCAGCACGACACAAACUGUCAGAAACGUGCCGCGUUUUAAAAAAAAUUGGAAAAUUAGUUAUAAAGGGGACCGGGACAGUACAUUUGCUUGAGAUUGUCUGUGCUCAAUGCACGCAGUUCUGUGACAUCUUUGAAUGUUUCUAUGAAAACAUUGCAUUGCAUAUUGAACUACGAAAGAAAGAACUUCAAGCGUUUAAAAACGAGGCUGGGCUAAUGAGCGAGUUUGUCAAUACAUGUCAUCAGGAUCAGGUGGAUGAAAUCAAAGACGUUUUGAAGAUGGAAUUGAAAGAUCAACAAAUGUGCAAACUUUGUAAAAUAGGAGACAUAACAACAGAAAUUAAUGCAUACAAACCAGAGGUGAUAGCUUUUAAUUGCAGUCCACAUGUUGUUUUAAUAUUGGACAAGUUUUAUGAAUGCCAAAAGAGUUUUCUGUUCAGAAAUUUUUGGGAGCAACGUCGUUUGUUUUUGAAUACACGUGGUCUUUCAACGGAAGAAAUAGUGAAUGACGUUUGGAAUCCUGUAGUGAAAAAAUGGCGGUCGUUUGGAAGAAAAAUGGAGUCUGGUGAACUGUUAUUUAGAAAAUUUGAAAUUAACUUAGGACGCAUGUUUGAAAACGACGAAGAACGCCUUACAAAUGAAAUAAUGGUAUUAGGCCUGGACCGCAAAACUACAAUGGACAUUAUUGAGUCCUACAAGAAUCUAAAGAAGAUUGAGUCUAGCAUUGCAAACGCUAAGCUUAUUCUUGAUUUCAAGCAUACAUUUGAUCUUCAUGGAGAUUUUUCAGCAGUUGAACAAAUCUCUAACUUUGCAGAACAGGAAUUUAAGCUAAAAGGUGUCAACGAAAACCUAAUGAGAUCAUGUACAGGGCUCACGGAAAUUACGGCCAAUGAGAGAGACUGUUUAACGGCUUUCGUACAAUGUGAACCACUUAUAACUUGGCUGCAAGCGUCAAUGGCUGAAGCUGGGCGAAAGGAAUUGAAAGUUUUCACUGACUUGGCCAUGAUGUCCGCUGGCGACGAGCCGAUGAACAUUGGGAAAGUACAAUGUCUACAUUCAGCCGUGACGAGUUAUUCGCCGCUUAUAUUUGAGCUGAACAAAACUUGUGAUUACACACAACUACUCGACAAAUGUAAAUUUGUGUUUGAAGAACUGAAGGCAAAUCCAUUAUUACCAAGACAAAUAAUUGACACAAACGGACAACUGGAUUGGCUCAAGGAUAUUAAAAAGGCUCACGGGUCUGUGGAAGUCACGUCACUGAUGUUGGCAGAGGCAAUUAAUUCUGAUGGCAUGUACAUUGUUGGAAAUGCUGAAGAAGGCUACAAAGGGGAAAAUGAGGUGGAUUAUGAAAUACUAAGAUUGGUCGUGCCAGAAAAAGACGGAAAACGACAACCACGAAGCUAUACCCUUUCUGAAGUACAAGAUCUCCACAGCAGACUCAUGCUUGUUUCUGGGGAAAAUGCAGACGACACGAUAGAAAAAGAAGUUGAUGUUGACAUGUUUACUUUGAUUUUCGACAGCGUUUCGCGGGUGGGAAACGUUUACCAAAAAUUGUGUGAAUCUGGCUGUGUUCUGUUCUACAACUUUAAAGCAGAAUUUAUGUGCAACACAACACAUACUUCUCGUCCAGUAUGUGUUAAUCUUGAAUUCAGUGACAGAAAUGACACUCUCAUUUUGAAAGGCCGGAAAUCUGAAAAAGAAGGAUUGAAGGAAAUAAUUCCUGAAAUAGCUAAAUUCAUGGAACAAUGUCUUAAAACAUGGUUGCAGUACAUUAAGACAAAGCGAGAAGAAUAUAGUUAUCUUAACUAUUUUACUAUUGGGCAACUAAUAAUACUACAAAGAGAACUUGUUAAAAUGGAAGGUAUGAUGUCGAAUGACGUGUACCCACUCCUUACGACUGUAAGAAAAGCAUGCUCUCCAGAUGCCUUGAAAUUGGCAAUGUCAACGGCAGGAAUUGAAGCAGAAAGAAAAUCCAAAAUGCAUACCAGCUUUUCAACAUCUUCCACUUCUUCGAUGCACGAAGAAUUAAGUACUAUUGAAACUGAGUUUGUGAAUAAACUUGUUUUGAACGCGAAAAUUUCGGAUGUAUUGGCAAGAAAGUCUCUUCAACAUGUUGAUAGGAAGGACAUUGAAUCCCUAAAUACAAAAGCAGCUAUGUUAUGGUGCAUGAAACAACGAGGGAUUGAACGGACUGUAGUUGCAAAAAAAGAAACAACACAGGCAAUAACCAAAACGUGGGGAUUUUUGGCUAAUUACCGCACAGUAACAAGCGCAAAUGGCAGUCAGACGAACAACGUCGGUUGUGUCCCACUGAUAAGUGAUUUGCAGCAAUGCUGGGAGAGUUUCCUUGGAUCAGUAUCUGCACCCAACAGCGAUUUCUUAAGUCUUGAACACUUGGGCAUCGUACUUCAACACCUUGCACAAGGAGACGAUUUGAACCGAACACUUCCAGGACAUUUAAAUGAAGGUCAUCCGUAUCUUAUUAUGUGCAAAACAGAUGAAUUGCUGCUUGUAACGAUUUCAAUUUAUAUGCACGAGGACACCAAACCAUUGCCAUGCUCCGACGAAGUGUUGCUCUGUACUGAAUACACAUCUUCAGACGAGGUUGAAAUUUUCUUACGGCGUUCAAUGCUUUCCGCAAGUGGAAAAAUACAUUGUCUCGUGAAUGCGGAUGCGUUGGGAUACGAAACCAGUGCCAUGGCGAUUCAGUUUAUAAAUGAGAAUGUGCAAAAAGCCAUCAAAACAGGUCCUUACAGACUAUUUAUUAUUUGCGAUUCAAGGAACGAAAACUGGUCUCGCUUUGGGAUAGCUCUACACAAAUAUUUACAUCGAAUGCAACCGGUCGAUACACAAAAAGUUAAGUUGUAUGUGACAAAACACUUAACCGUUGCAAACAGAAGACUAGAUUGUGCUGCAUCUAUGGAUUUUAAUAAUUCAUCAACGCGAUUGAUCAAGUCCAGUCGGUUUGGAGUUGGCAAGUCGCUUUACGUGAAGAGAGUUGGCGAACGUUUAGUUUCUGAAGCCGCAAAGCAAAACGUUGAGACAACAAUUGUUCGUAUUCCUUUGCAAGAAAAGCGCAUUAACAUUAACGAAAUUGUGCAACUUUUGCGGGAGCACACACCAGUACCGGGUAAAAAAAGUGCCCGAUUGUUUCAUAUCGAUAUUUCAACAAAGGUUGAAGAAGGAAUCGACUUCUUACUGUUCAAUCUCUUGAUUCUGAAGUGUGUUGUUGACAAGCAAGGAUAUGUUUGGAGAAGAGAAGACAACGAUUUGUACCUCAUAGAAGUCAUACCGGAGAUGCAAACAUGUGACAAAAAUUCAGUGCCAUAUUACAAAAACUCAGUGUAUGGCAUAUUGCCCGAUGUGGCAUGCAAGUCACCAAAGGAAAGCAUGGAUGUGUACGAACAUGAUCGAAACAGUGAACAGAAAGGAAACCCACCAGACCAAGUAUUCGAUGACACAGUCUUCAGGAGUUCGGAUUUUCAACGCACAUUCCAAUAUUUACUCAAGUUAGAAAAAGAAAACAGCAUGCUGGAAGUGGAUGCAACGAAAAUUGUUGGCUCGCCAGCCGAUUGCUUAGCGGUUUUGAUGAGACGAUGCGGAGUAGUAAAUCCAUCUUGGUCAGAGCUUUACCACUUUGUGCUGUUCUUGAACACACAACUCGUAGACUACGAACAAAACCAGUUUGUUACACGUGCCGCAGAAGAAGAUCUUCCUGGCUUUUCUACGUUUGUUCUUCGAUCACUUAUUCAGAUGUCAAAGGAUUUCUCAACACGAUCACUCGCAAUCGCAGAAGAGUCGUUCGAUGAUACAUUUAAUAUUGAAUCAAAUCAUGAUAGUGACGACGAAUCUGAUAACGACGACAUAAGUUCUUUGCAUAAUAUCAUGGAGUUAUAUAAUAUUGACGACGACUCUGAUAGUGAUGAUAGUUCUGCAGAUAAUAGCAUAGAACCAUCGUCUGACAGUGACGAUCUUGGAGCUCGCGAUGACAUACAGGAUGUUGCUGAACAACAACCUGUUAAUGGAAUAUUGUUUGAAAACUCUAGUGAAAAUUCUUCAGAUGAUGAAGGAGAACAAUCAACGGGAGGUGAAAACAAUGAGCUUAGUCGAUAUGAGCUUAGAAGAACUUGGGAGACCAGCCCGCAUCCGUAUAUAUUUUUCAACUUUGACCGUCUGUCAUUUACUUUCCUGGGAUUUAACAUCGAUAAUAAAGGCAAUUUAAUCGAUGUUCAAACCGGUCAUGUAUUGGAAAGGCGUAUAAUGCGAAAACGGCUGAUGAUAUCAUUGAUUGAAAAUGAUGUGCCGCUAUCCGAAGAGGCCUCCGACGAUGAAGAUAACGAUCAAAGAAUGGAAUAUAUCAAGAGGUUAUGCAGUGUGAUGGGUGUACAGAAUAUUCAUGAUCCUGACCCAACGUAUGAGCUGACCAUGGAUAAUAUGAAGAAGAUACUAGCGAUAUAUAUGAGAUUUCGAUGCGGCAUUCCGGUCAUUAUAAUGGGCGAGACCGGAUGUGGUAAAACACGACUCGUGAAGUUCAUGUGUGCUCUGCAAUGUCCUCUAAACGUACCGGCAACAAACUUAAAACUGGUGAAGGUACAUGGAGGAACAACAAAAAAUGCCAUUAAAGAAAUAGUUCAUCAAGCCGAAGCGAUUGCCAAGAAAAAUGUUAAAGAAUUUGGCGAGCAAAUGUAUACUGUACUUUUUUUUGACGAAGCAAAUACAACAGAAGCGACUGGAAUUUUUAAGGAGAUAAUGUGCGAUCAAUCAAUCUGCGGUAAAAGCAUACAGAUGUACCGAAACUUGAAAAUAAUUGCAGCAUGCAAUCCGUAUAGAAAGCAUUCUGAUCGGUUUGUGAAAAAUCUAGAAAAUGCCGGUCUCGGAUACCACGUAGAUGCAAAUGAAACCAGGGAUACACUUGGAAAAAUUCCAAUGCGCCGAUUGGUUUAUAGAGUCCAGCCUCUUCCAGAAAGCCUACUGCCACUUGUGUGGGACUUUGGUCAACUGAACGCGGAAGUAGAGAGAUUAUAUAUAUACCAGAUCGUCAAACGAUUUAUCAUGCUCAACCAUUUUGUGCAGGAAUGCGACGGAGAAAUAAAAGACGAUGUCAUUGAAUCACUUUGCGACAUGCUGGCUUCUUCACAGCAGUUUAUGAGAAACCAAAAGGACGAGUGUGGCUUUGUUUCAUUGAGAGAUAUAGAGCGAUUUUUACGGGUGAUGACAUGGUUCAGCAAAAUAGGUGAACACCUGUUUCCGCUCAUGGAGGCCAAGUUAUUGCAGAAUGGCGUAAUUGAGGAAAAUAAAGUCGAUUCAUUUGCGAGAAGUGCUAUUCUUGCACUUGGCGUUUGCUACCAUGCAUGUUUAAAGGACCGUAACGCAUUUAGAACAAUGAUCACCGGAUUUUGUAACUUACCAGGAGGCGCAGACAGAAUGCUUCAAGAAAUCGAGAGUUGCCAAGAUGUCUUCCUUGAUAAUGUUUCACUUGAUAAAAAUAUCGCAAGAAAUACUGCUCUGAGAGAAAACAUAUUUAUGAUGGUUGUCUGCAUAGAGCUGCGCAUCCCACUGUUUCUUGUUGGCAAACCUGGCAGUUCUAAGUCUCUCGCAAAGACAAUUGUCGCUGAUGCAAUGCAGGGAAAUCUCUCCAGAUCGGCAUUAUUCAAACACUUUAAGCAGGUCCAGAUGGUUACUUUCCAAUGCAGCCCAUUAGCUACUUCUGAAGGUAUAAUUGGCACAUUCAAACAAUGCGCACGGUUUCAGAAGGACAAAGAUCUCGACAAGUUCGUGUCUGUGGUGGUACUUGAAGAAAUUGGAUUGGCAGAGGAUGUUCCACAAAUGCCAUUAAAGACAUUACACCCACUUUUAGAAGAUGGAUGUGUAGAAGAUGAAACACCUGAAAAUUAUAAAAAGGUUGCAUUUAUCGGAAUUUCGAACUGGGCGUUGGAUCCUGCGAAAAUGAACAGAGGUAUUUUAGUUCAAAGGGAAGUUCCAGAUUUGACCGAGCUUCAAAACAGCGCAAGAGGGAUAUGUAACGCGACGGACGACCUAUAUCAGAUUUUUAUCAAGCAAUGGAUAGAACCUCUUGCAAGAGGAUACGAUGAUGUAUUCAAACUGGCCUCAACGAAGCGUGAAUUCUUUGGUCUUCGAGACUUUUACAGUGUGGUGAAGAUGGUCUUUAAAUUUGUGAAUGAAAGAAAAACACAGCCAUCACGGUUCCAAAUUGUGCAUGCUAUUAAACGCAAUUUUGGUGGCCUCGACACUCUAGAGCCAGAUCAUUAUUUCAUGGAGUACUUGUGUAAAGAUUUUAGAGAGCCCAGCAGUGAUGAUCCUGAUUGUAGUGCUAAAGGAUUGGUAGAAGCAAGUCUUUCCGAAAGUCGAAAAUCCGGAACGGUGAGUCGCUAUUUGCUGUUAUUAACGGAAAACUACGGUGCAUUGUCUAUGAUACGACAACAGUUCUUUAAAGAUGAAGACAAAAGACCAGUCAUUAUAUUCGGGAGUAAUUUCCGCUCCGACCGGGAAUACACACAGGUUUGUCGCAAUAUAAACAAAAUUAAGGUAUGUAUGGGAACUGGUAAAACCGUCAUCCUGCUAAAUUUAGACAAUUUGUACGAAAGUUUGUAUGACGCAUUAAACCAAAACUACGUUUACUUCGGAGGCGAGAGAUACGUUGACCUAGGUCUCGGAACACACAGGGUGAAAUGUCCUGUACAUCGGAAUUUUAGGCUUAUUGUUGUUGCUGAAAAGCAAACUGUCUACACAAAGUUUCCUAUUCCACUUAUCAACCGAUUGGAAAAGCAUAUUAUAACAGGCACCACGAUGCUAGAUGAACGGCACAAGUUUUUAGCAAAAGACCUUCAAACUUGGACAAUCAACGUAUUGGGUACGAACUCAUUCGAUAAAAGCAUAAACACCGACGUGAUUAUUGGAUUUCACGACGAUGCAUGUUCUGCAAGUAUCAUGUACGUUAUCGACCAGCUUAAAACACGUAACAGUGAGGACAAUGAAGUCUCAGAAAGUGAGAUACUUGAACAGGCAAAGCAGCUCCUUUUAUGGUGCGCAACACCCGAGUCCUUGCUGCUGAACAAUCAGUCACAAAUGGAACAGCUAAGAGACGUGUAUUAUUAUCAACAAGAGCAUGGCAGUCUAUUAUCGUAUCUAUACAACAUGAUUGUGGAAAAGUCUGUAAAACCACUAUUUGCUCAGAUAACAUGCCAUUCAAAACUUUUGCCGGACAACUAUAGCUGUGAAAUUACAAAAAGGAUUUCAUCCAUUGAGCACGUAGUGAUAUUGUCUUUAUGUGCCUUUGAUAGCGAACACGAGUUCUGUACGCAUAUAAGGCGCUUUCUUGAGAGUGCUACAACAUAUCGCCUUUUGAUCAUUCAAUGUUACUCCGGUGACAAGAAUUCUGAGCUCAUUGCGUGUGCAGAAAACUGCGUUUUGGAGGAAUUUGAAAAACAAAGAAUAAAUCCCCUAAAAUCAGAUAUUCACAUCGCAUUUAUUAUACAGCUUCCACGAAAAGUCGAUGGAUGUUUCUCAGGCUACCAGUGUGGCAUUUGGCGCUGCGUGCACAUUGAUGACCUAUACGAAGCGGAGCAAGGUUUUCCAAAACUGACCGAUUUAUUUGGUAAAACCAUCGGUCAGCUUUUAUUAAGCACAGUGUCUAACAAACGUCUGAGUGUGGAAUAUGAAGACUCGUCAACAACGGUAUGUGGAAAGCGUUGUGUACGUAUUGAUGGGCUGAUUAAACAGGCUGUACCAUUGGCAUUGUCAAUGAUCCACGACAGACUACAGGAAGAGCAACGAGCGACCAAACGUUUGGAUGUCGUGCUGAAAUGUUUACAAAGUCCCGACGUUUCCGAGUUAUUCAUGAGGGCCAUAUCCAAGACCGUUGCGAAUAUCAUUACAACAAAAGAGGACCACCAAGAGGGUUUUAAAGCAAGACAAUGGAUUUCACGCGUUGCGAAUUCCAAAGAAGCGAUUUACCAAAAUGGAACAUUCAGGCAAGCAUGCUAUCAGACGACAAAACUAAAAAUCGCACCCGUGCUUGCGCAUAUCAUCGCCUUCUUGGACACGAAUUGCAAUCUAGAACUAGCGCUGAGUGAAGUGCCUUGGAAAAGGGACUUUUGGUUGCGGUGUUGUGCAGACAGCAAGAUUGUGCAUAUAAAGUACGAUGACCUUUUGUCACCCCAUGAAAGAAAGGAGAUAAUGGAAAUUGUUGUCCCCACUGUCGGAUAUGAAAACCAUGCAUUUAAACUGCGCUUCCCAUUCUCUUGGUUGAUCAUACAUAUGACAGAAAGUCUAUUUCGAGAUUCUUUGAAUGAGAACAAUAGCGAAGUUUCAAAAGACCGCAUCAACUUGUGCUCAAGAUUAUUAAAUGGAGGAAUAUUUGGCCAAGCACUCACUUCCCUGGACAAAGAACAACACCAGCAAGAAAUAUUAAACGAUUUCAUUCAUGAUUUUGUCCAUGUGGUGUACAACCCUAAAAAUGGAGAGAGCGAACAAACUCUUGUAGAAGACGUAAUCAAAUCAAGAGCUGAGCUUUUCAGGAAAAGUUGCAAGCAGACCAAAGAUGUCCCUUAUCUCAUUCAAUGCAUAGUUUGCGUUCGCUUUGCGUUUGAGACUGAGUCAAUCAGAUUAAAAAACUUCAGAGGUAUAAACGAAAUCUGGCCUAGUUGCAGCAUAGAAAUAGCCACGUUGCAAAUGUAUUCACCGGAGUUCUUAUACAGCGAUAAUAAGUUGCUGAGAACAGUAGGUCAGUUGAUAGCUAACAUGGAGCCACAAUUCAUUCAAAACGACUACUCGUCGAGAUCGGAGUGGCUGAGUAAAGUAUACCGAAGUCGUCAUAUUGUGGAGCAGGUUUUUACAUUAUGUCAAGAGGAUAGUGAUGUACAUUUGGAAAUGUACUCACAGACAAGGUCAGCAUGGAAUCGUGUUUUAACGAUGAAGCUGUUCAUAGAAAAUUUGUUUCCGAACGAUAAAGAAGACAUUCUUACAAACGAAGAGUGCAAUGUUAUGUGGAAUAUUCUCGAUGAAGAUGUUGAUAUGAAAGAAUUAACAUCUUUUAAAACCUUGCAAGAGUUUUUGAGAGAAUGUAACGAGAUUGCGCUUUCAAAGACCAUUGGAGUUGGACGGACAUGUUCUCGCUGCGAAGUGGAAGUAACGAUGCCUCCUACUGUUUUGCCUUGCAGUACAAAUCACGUCCUUUGCGAAAGAUGUUACUUAGAAAUAAAAAAAGAUCUUAAACAGUGCCCACAAUGCAAGGAAAUGUUUAAAGACAAACGUGAAACUUCAGAAAUCGACAGAAAUCAAGUUGCGAGAUUGGAAGUAUUUCAAAAACGAUGCAAUACAUUUUUUGUGGACGUUGUUACCCAAUUGUGCUUUUCUGAUGAAGUUCCACCAUCCCGAGAUGUUUUAACUCAGCUUUUUGGCCAUGUAAUAUGUUCAUCAGAAUCUGGCGGCAAAACGUUUACAAAAGAUCUUAGUUUAUAUGAUAGUGGACUUGAUCCGAAUCCGGUGUUUAGAUGCUUUUUGUUGCAACUGAUAUUCAAGUUUAGUGUAACAGAUAGUGUUACGGAGUACAUACAUCAGUUCAUAAAAACAGCUGGCAAUGAAGACGCAAAUUUGAUGGAAAUUUAUCUCAUUAUUGUGCAAUGUUAUGAGAAUUUUCGGCGUGGUAUUUUGAAUAAAGACGAAAACUGUAACUACAUUGAAGUUUGUAAAUGGAUGGCGGAGUCCCAAUAUCCCUUUCUUGCAAUUGGAAAUCAAUCUAAAAACGAAACAGUUACAAAACUGUUGUGUUGUAUAGCAGAUGUGCGUGUUGGCCUAGGAAUCGCAGCGGAAUGCAUGGCGUAUGGAGUUUUGAAAAAAGACGAUUUCCACAUGGGGCAUGUACCACCAAUUAUACACAAAGUGCGGGAAUUUUGUGAAAGUAUACAUACAGACUGUCCAAGGGUAUUCCUUGCUAAGCAGUUGUGUCAUGGUUUUGGAAUAGAAGUAUAUCAACGGGUCUGUAACUCUCCAAAUGGAAUGCUGAAUUGGUUAGCCUACAAUUCAGAAGGCAACCUGAUGGCAGACUGCGACAGAUACAUAGUGUGCGGCUCAACUUACUCAGAUAUUCGAGAAGCAGUUUCAAAAUGCCUCCUAAAUUCUACAGAAAUCACGAACCUGAAAUUAUUAUUAGAACAGCUGCAAACAGGCGAUAGUACUUGGGUGCUGUUCCUAUUAUUGGCUGUUCACAGGCUUGUAACAUGCGCCAAUGUUUGGAAUACAAAACAGAACUUAGAGAACAAAGACAAACUAUACCAGUUCUUCGAUCACGAUCUUUUUUCAAAUGAUAAGGAAUUGCUUAUGCAACUUUUUCACAAUGACCUACAACCGGGUUGUCUUAAGAUUGUUUCUCGGACAGAUACGUUUUACUAUGGCCUGCAGUGCUUGCUUACACACUUUAAGUUUGUACUGUUGGCGUGUAAAGAAAACGGCACACAUUUGAUGAAUCCGUUUGUUGAAUUGUCGAAUGGAGAUGAGGAUAUAGAGAUGAUGUUCCUGCCUGCAAUGGAAGAUCCUAUUGAGAAUCAUCCUAUAUUGCAUGCGGCAGCAUCAGAGGAACACGUUUACCUAUGCCCCAACGGCCAUCCCUAUUUAAUCGGAGAAUGUGGCCGUCCUUGGACAAAAAGCAAAUGCACAGAUUGUGGUGCAACAAUUGGCGGAGAAAGUCAUCGGAGAUAUAAAAAUAAUAAACACGACACAAGCGCAGUUGGUCACACCCUCGGUAAUGCGGAUAAAAAUACCGGUAAUUCGACGAGAGAUUUAGACCCUAUUUAUUGCAAUGUUAUCAGACUGUUAGUGCACAUGGCGAUGUAUUUGGGUCCAGUCGAAAUGAUUAAACGAAUUAUACGACCUAGUCUCCAAGAUGAUGAGGUUUCAGCAUUCGUUUUAGAACACAUAACUAGAAAUGUUCAUGAUUUAGAACAACUUCUUGCUUGCAGAACUGAUGAUGUGUUUUUACUCAUACAUUAUCUUGUUGAUAAAAUGCUAAUACUAAGAGAAGAAACGCUGACUUAUAGCGAUCUUAGUACAAGAACAGAGCGUAACGAGUGGGAGAAAGAGUUCUCAGAACAUGUUCUUCAUGAUGUUUUAUCGAACUUGGGUAUUUUAACCGAUCUGAAUAAAAAGCUGGUCAAGGACCUCCGUCCAGGUGACCCAUUGAUGAGUCGAAUUUACGAAAGAGACGGAUCCGAACAUGAUGAGCUACCUAAUAAUCUACUCGAGGAUUCCAGGAUGUGGAUGUAUCGAAAACCAACUACAAUUGAAGAUAUGCGUCAGAAGCUUGAAUAUGUUUGUAGAAACGUAAAACGAUACCCGGUUCUUCAGCUCUUCAUGAACGAGGAUGAACAUUUACAAGCUCUUCGUUAUGUUCCCAACAUUAUAAAUCUUGUUCGCGCCCUUCUGAAUCGAUAUUUGAAAAAAAUUGACAAACUAGAAGCUUUAACAAUGACUGUAAGGACAAUUAAAAAAGAUUUUCCUGCUCCAGAAGUGCAAAAAUGGCUUGAUGAUUUUGCAAAGGCAUGGGAAAUAACACGAAAUAAUCUGCAUGUGCAUGGUUGCCGUACGGAAUUUGGAACCGCGAAUUGUCAAAAAUUUUUAUGUGAUCAAAGCAUAGAUGACAAUACACCAUUGGCUAUAUUUCUUCCGACAGUGGAUGGACCUGGAUUGUGCUCCUAUGCGAUGCUCGACUUUCUUUUCCGAAAGCAGAAUGCACUUCUUGACGAUUACAUUCGCAUGGCAGCAAUAACCGACAUCAAACACCCGUUUGUGUCACCUAUGGCCGUGUCAUCGACACAUUUGAUCAGCUAUGACCAUGAUCAUGACAUCAUGCCACUGGUUCUCGCAAAUUGCCGUUACUCCUUCGAGGUAGGCGACCAAACUAAAAUAGAGUAUGACUUUGAUGGAAUGGAGCGGCAGCUUAUGGAUAGACUUCUUAACUCCAAAUCCAAGAUUGUCAUCAAUAAAUACUUGCAGAUCGAUACUAUGGUCUACAGAACAGAAAUAUCUAAUAGCGCAGUCAUGAGGAAGCUUCAUUUCAAAAUUCCACAAGAACCACUGAACAUUACUGUUCGUAGCCAAAUAUUGGAGGAAUUUUCUGACGUUACAGAUGCAUGUACAUCGAUUGACAAUUUAGAUAUUGCAAUAAGCUUCUUGAAAACGAUUGGGGGUGAACCGAUAGUGUCUCUGACAAGAUUUAUGACAGAUACCAUUAAAAUGCAAAACCCGAUACACGGACAGAAGGUACAUCAGUUUUGUCAGUUGAAACAUGCAAAGGCAUUGUGGUUGCUGCUCUCAUUCCAACGAACGCAACUACUGAUUGAUUGUCUACAAGGUGUAAAGACAAUAGAAAAUGCGUUUAAUACACUGAGACCUCAACAUUUCAAAAAAAUACCAGCCGAUUCAAAGGCUGCCUUCACGAAAUACCUUGAAUCAUUUAGCUGUGAACGUCUUUUCCAUAUCAUGGAGAUUCUUCACGAAUUCUUGCUACUGAAGGUCGCAGUUAAGGAAAACGCGGAUAGCGAAGAUUAUGUGGAAACCGACAACUUUGGGCUUUUCGACGGCCUGGUGGCUUAUAACAAUGAUUUAGAGACGACCGAUUUUGAUUCGGAUCUAUUAGAAGGCGCGCCAUCUUAUAUUCUGUACAAGCACAGUGCGGCGGCAUGGGAAGAAAUUUAUAAUACUUUUAAAAAGAAGAAAGAUGGAAUUAGACUCUAAACUAUUUAUCACCUACUCGAAUAUGUCGAGACAUACGUUUGUGUAUUUGUGUAGUCAUUUUGAUUAUACAUUUUUAUAUAAUAUAAGGUUAUGUGAACAUGUCAGACAUUAUAAGUAUGUAUCAUAAAAUUGCUUUCCAAAAUAGUGACAGUGCAUAAAAUAGAUAAGUAAAACAUGGUAUUGAUUUUUAGCAUUUACAUCAGGUUGCAAUUAUAUGUAUGAAUUAUUUGUCAACAAGACAAUUAUGAGCAGAAUGUUUUAUAUCUAGUAAUGUUAUCCAUUUUUAUACCAAUUUAUAAGGUUGAUUAGAAGGCUUGGUGUACAUUGCAGAAUAUGAAAUCGUAUUCCGAUCAUGAAUACACAUAAAGGUAUCAUAUAUUCAUUUUAUUGAGUUAGUACACAGUGACUGUAAAUUACUAAUAUACAUGCUAUCGACGUGUAAAUGUUAAUAACACCGUCUUAUCAGAAACUGAGUAACGUGUAUGAUAUAUUGGACAACCGAUGAACGUGAAGUCGUCACAGUUUUAAAUACUUUUGUUAAAAGAAAAUGGGUGUAUUGUGAUUUAUAGUUUUACUCAUAUGUGAGAAAAAUAAAAAGACAAUCACUUUGCACGCAUAAUUUCUUUUUUCCCAGUGUUCAGAAAUACAUGUUUAUUUGGGUUACACACUUUGGCAGGUUUGAAUGUUGAGUGUUUAUAAAGAGAUUGUAUAAAACGAAUAUUCUUUCAUCUUUAGAUGAGCAUUUUUAAUUGAGUGUUAACGUUAUGUUUAUGUUUUUACUUUUAAAGAACACAUUCUUUAUUUGUAAAGUUUGUAAAUGUGGAUAUGUUUUUAUUUCGUGUUGCGAACACUCAACCCGUGUUUCAUUUUGCAUAGUGUGAUAUAUAUUUAUUUAAGAAGACACGAGAUUUGUAUAAAAGCUCAUUUGUUGUAAAGAGCUCAUUUGUGCCACAAUUAAAAAUGUUUUUGUGAUUUAAUAGGGAAGCUUUUUUGGUUGUGUAUUAUAACAACGAAAGAGACAUACCGUUUCUAUAAAUUGAAAAGUUAAAAGGAGCUUUGUGUGUUUUUGCAUUAAAAAUGUGUUAACAGUGUUCUGAUAAUCAAUCAAUUAUAUGCGUGCACAUGUGGAUACUUUUAAUGCAGUAUUUAUUUGUAUAUAUGUCGAAUUCGUCUGUGACCUCGUUCUAUUUAAAUGUGUACACUCAAACGAGUGCAUUUAAGUUGCAAUGUGUAAUAGGAUUGUGAUUUUACUAUUUUGUAUUGACGAAAAAUAUAUAUAAAUUGUAACAGUAUAAAUGUAAUAUUUUACGUGUGAAUAUAUAUAGAAAUAAUGUACAAUAUCUUUGUUUUAUAAUAUCUAGGUGAAUGCUGUUUGUUUCUGUUAAUAGUUUGCGUUCAUGCAAUGUUGAAAUAUCCCAUUGGUAAUGAAUGUAAGUUCGUUGAAUACUCUUACAUGCCAUCUUUGUUAGUAGUGAAUUUUAGUAUUGUUUGGUAAGAAAAAAAAAAUUCACAAAUCCGAAAUUGUCAUUUCAAGAUCGUGAGUUUUACAACAUUUCUUUUCAAUUGAAUUUAAUAUUGAUGUGUUUGGAUGUUAAAAAAAAUGAACCCGUUACUUACUUUUUUUAUUUUUAAUAAUAUUGAAAUACAUUGUAAGUCAGCAUAUUAUUUAAAGAUCGCCUAUUUUCAACAGAGUGAACAUUCGUGUCCAUCGGUAAUUUAUGUAUUUCUUACACGAUUACCUAUAAUUUCUUUAUUCAACAUUUUCAUUGAACCAGCACGAGUAAGUCUUUCCGGUUUUGGAAAACAUUUGUAUCUUUGAGAUGAUAGUGUGUUAAAUUAAUGUAGUCGUUUGGGUAGAUAUUCUUGUCUAUUUUGAUUAUUUUAUUUUCUUAAAUAAUUUUCAACAUAUAGACUGAAUAUAUGUUUUAACAGCGUGUACUUACUUCGCCUGUACAUGUAUUUGUUACCACGUGUUAUAAACACACUUCAUAUUGUCCGAUGUUUUGACCUGCAUGUCCAUAUAGGGUACGGCAUUUGAUUCUUGUAGUCCGGAGGAAAUUUUAUGAACGAGUUACUUGUAAAAGCUGAAUGCGUAAUAUGGGUAAUUAUGGUAUGGUCACUUUCAUAUUUAUAGAAGAGCAUGACUUUUGUGUAUAUAUUGUUAAACUAAAGCAGACAUGCAAAUCCUACAUAUGUGUUUCAAUUAAGAGAGGUGUACAUAUGCAAAAUCUUGCAAGGGUUAAUACUAAUGUAAUCUUAGUUUUAUGUUUAAAUGAUUACCUCCUUAUCUGCAACUGUGGUGCAUUUGAAAUUUGUUAUAUUUACAACGUGUUGAGACACAUUGCAUAAUGCAAUUUUGUUGCUGUUUGGGCCAGUGAGUUGUUCAGUUUUCGACAUACAUAUUAUGCAAGCUACUUCUACAUCCAUAUUUUCUUGGGAACAUCAUGAUCCAUUUUUGCGACUUUGGAAGUUUUAUUUAAGAGAAUGUCUCUAAAAGCAAAUAAUUGUUUUCUAUUUUUGUAUUAUAUAGACACUUGACAUUUUAUGUUUUUAUUAUUCUUGAUAAAGUCAUUCUGUAUUCUAUUUUUGUAUGAUACUGUUAAUGGAUAUUAUGAUUUAAUAUCAAGUAUUUACUUAAUUAUGUAUAAUUAUGUAAUUAAUUAUGUAUGCAAACGUAUACACAUGCAUUUUUCUAUGCUUUAUCACAUGAUUUUAAAUUAGAAAGAUAAAAAAACAUUGAUAGUGAACUUUCGUUUCGUUUAUUUUGUUCUGAAACAACCUGUCGUUGUAGUUAACCUUAUAUCAUUCUAUAUAUUACAUAAACAUUACUUGGACUCUGAAUGAAUUUUUAUGUGAAUAUGCAUGAUUUUCUGUUGUUGUUGUGUUUUUUUCUUUUCAUAAGUAAAUCAGUUUGUUAAUAAUUCGUAAUGGUCUUGUUAUUAUAUUUUGCAAAAAUAUUUAAAACGAAUUGUCAAUAUGUGUGCAUACAAUUUUUUUUGAUUCGCAAAACCGUAAUAGUGCAAACGCAUGUCUGAAUGCAAGUGAUGAUGUUAUGAAAACGAUUUGUGUGUGUUGCUGUUUCUCUCAUAUUUACAAUUUAGUGAAACAAAAUAAUGAAUACGUCUGCUUACAUAGUUAUGUUUGUGUGAAUAAUUAUUAUUGAAAUGUAUUUUUCUAUAACAAAUAUCCAAAAUGCAGCGUUUGAAGACUUUGUAUAAGUAUAUUGUAUUGCUAUUAAAUUGUGUGUUUAUCUUAUAGUAUUUACUACGUAUCUUGUCUUGAUGUACUUAAGUUGUACGUAAGUUGGAAACGCUGUUUACCGGUUUUGCAAUAUAUAUAUAUAUAUAUAUAUAUAUAUAUAUAUAUAUAUAUAUAUAUAUAUAUAUAUAUAUAUAUAUAUAUAUAUACAUAUAUUAUUGGCGUGUAUCCUAUUUGAUUACAUUAUAUGAUUGAAUUUACUCACUAUAAUAAGUCACUUAUAUGUAUAACAAUAAUACUUUUUUUGAAGAGCUGUUGACAUUAUAUGGGUUUGAUUCAAUUUGUUAAGUGAUAUGCCAGGGACAAAUACGUGAUUACGCAAAAUUGGUGUACAUUAAUAUGACAUUGUUAAAUCAAAUAUAUCUUUAUAUAAAAUAUCUUUUCUUCAUUGUCCUGGUUUUGUUAUGAAGUUAUGAUAUGCCGAUUGCCACAUAUGCUUUGUUUCUUACGUAUAAAAAUUAAGUUUUAUGUUUUUGUUUUUUUCUGUCCAAAUGAGCGUUUUUUAUAUUAAGCAUAUUUGAGUAUGUUUGAUUCGUUUGAUGUUGCAUGAAAAUUCCGUAAGUAUGUGAGUGUGUUUUCAGUUAAGUGAGUAACUCGCUUCAGGUGUCUUUUGCAUGACAUCAGGCUCUUCAAUGACAUGCGCAACUGCUGUAUCCCAAUACAUGUAAUUAUGCUGAGCGUAUUUGUCUUUUCAUCCUGUUUAGAACUACAUUGCUAACAUAAAUACAAUCAAUAUAGUAUCAACACUUAUGUUGAAUUUCGCUUAGAAUUCAUAACGUGCUGGCAGAUGAUCAGCAUACGGUUCACUUAAAGAUGGGCACCUUACGCCAAAUUAAAUGCAACCUUGUACAAAACUCAAGAAACAUCCGCGUUUUGGUUUUAACAGUUAAGGUUAAAAUGCUAUUGUUGCUAACUUUAAUUUAUUCAACACAUAGCGGUGCAUGUAAUAUCCAUUUUAAAACAUACAUUGUAUUGAUUUGUAGUGUGAUAGCAUUCAUUAAAAUAUGUUUUAUCAUUCAAAGCAUGCGUAUCUACGUUCAUUAUAAUUAUUAUUUAUUGUAACUCUAAACGGAUUGUUGUUAUAUUGAUUGUUUUCUCUGCAACUUGUUUGUGUUGAUUUCAUUUUUAUUAUUCAAAAUACUUUUCAUUCGAAAAGUGUAAAAUAGUUGUUUGUUUCCACUUAUGCAACUGACUUUUGUUGUUCGAGGCGACCCUUAAGUUUUUAUCUGGUGUACCGUGUUUUAAUAUUUGUUUUCGCUCAUUUUUGCUACAUUCGAUCAUGUUAACGAAAGAAAGAACUGAUGCAAAGAUAGUUAGUCGAUAUAUGUCAUUGAACAUUCUUAUUAGAGUGAAAAGUAGCUCUGGUACCCUAUAAGUCGUGUUAAGAGCAAACGGUUAAUGAAACAUAAUUUGCCAACCUACGUACCCUAUUUUUACUAGUGGAAACAAACAAUGUUUUGGCCUAAUUAUAUUACUAAUCGCACAAUAAUUAAACUUAUCAAAACGUAUGAUAUUGUUUUUUGUAUUUACUUAUUAAAAUGAUUGCUUACUGUGACUGUGAUUAGUAUACCUAUGCAAAAGUACAAAUAUACUUAUGUUUGUGUUCAGAUCAAUAUUUGUAUAUAAUGAUGGGAAUACAAGUAUACUUAUGUUUGUAUUCAGAUCAAUGUUUACAGAUUAUAUUCAGAAUACAGUAUUUUUUUUUA